AUGGUGUAUCUAGGAUUUUUUUCUUUCUUUUUUUUCUUACUUUCUUUCUUUCCUUUCUUUAUUCUGCCUUUCUUUCUUUCUUUCCUUUCUUUAUUCUUCCUUUCUUUUUCUUUCUUUCUUUUUCUUUCUUUCUUUUUCUUUCUUUUUUUCUUUCUUUUUCUUUCUUUCCUUUCUUUAUUCUUCCUUUCUUUUUCUUUCUUUCUUUCUUUUUCUUUCUUUCUUUCUUUUUCUUUCUUUCUUCCUUUCUUUUUCUUUCUUCCUUUCUUUUUCUUUCUUUCUUUCUUUCUUUCUUUUUCAACCUUUUUUCUUUUUUUCUAUCUUUUUAUCUUUUUCUGUUGUCUCUCAUCGAUUUGUUUAUUCUUUCUUCUUUCGCAUUCAGUGGCCCAUUUCCUAACAUCUUUUAUUUCUUUCCUCAGAGCCUUUUCUUUAUUCGUUUCAUUCGAAAAUAGUUCCUUCUUUUUAUUUUAUUCUUCAAAUAUUCCCCCCUUCAUUGUUUGUUUUUUUUUCUUCCUUUUUUUCACUUUUCUCAUGAUUCCUUUUCUAAUACUGUUUUUCAUUUUCUUUAUUUUUCAUUCUUGUUUUCUCAUUUCUCAUUUCUAUCAUUCCUUUUCUCUCCUCUUUUUUCGUUCUUUCUUUCUUCCUCUCUUUCUUUCUUGGUCGGUUUGGUUGCUUUUUAACAUACAAGAUCGUUUUCUAUGCAUUCAUCUUACUGACUCUUUCAUUAUUUUCUUCUUCUUCUUCUUCUUCUCCUCCUCCUAUUAA